UUCCUCCUCCGACAUGUUCACUGUUCAGCUGAUGUUUGCUUUCACAGAAGAAGAAGAAGUCUGUGGAUGGCCGAUAGAUUGAUUAAUGGAGUAUUUCACUGACUGAUUAAUUGAUUGAUUGAUUUAUUGAUUGAGUGAUCAGUAGCUGAUCAACAGAUGAAUCUGUAUCUGUUGUUCCUGCUGCUCACCUGCUGCAUUUCUCUGGACAGAGUCGGCGGCCGUUUGCCCGACUUCACUCCUGCAACGCCUCAGCAGGUCGCUGAAUUCAACGUCGUUCGUCUUCCUGGACUCUGUCGGCGGCUGAAGAGACGAAGAGUCACUGUUCUGUGUAACCUGGACAAGUUCUGCUGGGGGCGGAGUCGGGGGCGGAGCCAGAAGUCCGGUCAGGUGUGUCGCUGCCCACGAGGCUCCAGAUGUUCACAUUUCUUUGUUCAAAGUCUCUGAAAGAAACACAAACCUCCACAAACUUUGGUUUUAUACUGACGACUCAUUUUUCUUUAUGAGAAUAAAUUCUGCCUGUUUUUAUGUAAAAGUUAUUCAAAUGUUUAAAUAAAUGUAAGAAUAGAUUUCUUUUAUUAAAAAUGACAA